AUGGUCAGCGCCAGGAUCGAGACCUCGAGGUUGUCCUCCAAGUCCUCCUCGUCGACGUCCCUCUCCGGCGCGCCGAGGAUUUCCGCGGCGGGGAUGAAGGUCAUCAAGCAGUUCCAUCUGCAGGAUCUGUUGAAGAAGCAGGAGCAGCGCGCCGCCGUGGAGGCUGCGAAACUAAGGCGGUCCAGAGGGCAGAGGAAGGUCAGGGCGGCUUGGCGCUGGAGCAUUGGUAUCACUGUCACUGCGGCGACCAAGAGAGCGUCUCCGGCCGUGCGGUACCGCGAGGCGUCCCAGCUCUGCGGCCUCGAGGACCAGCUUCACGAGCAGCGGGAGGCGCGCGCCCGGAGGCCUCUGCCCUCGGAGCACGACCUGGCGAGAUACGCUCACUACCUGGCCCACGGGAUCAAGACGGCGCAGAUGACGUCACCGCCGGCCAACCUCCUGAAGGUGGUGACGAUGGACGUGGACAAGUCGAUGCUCAGGAACAUCAGGUUCCGGCUGGUGGUGAGCGACCUGGUGGAGGAGCUGCAAGACUGCUUCUACAAGGGUGCCCGGAGUGCCAUUCUCAAGUACGCCCUCCGAUGCCCGACCGUCCGAGCGAGGCUGGGCAUCGGAGUGCCACCCCUGAGCCACGAGCCCUUGGUGGUUCGCGCGCCCGUACCCUGGCACCAGAGCUUCCUCACCGGCGCCCACCACUGCUACCACAACCUGUUCGCGCUCAACCAUAUCCUGAACAACCUCGAUACCAUCUGGGAGGAAAGGUUCGGGAGUCUGAGGUUCAUCGACAUGCCCUCGCUGGCGGGCAAGGCCGACCUGCUCGCGCCCACGCCCGAGGCGCUGGAGGAGGCCGUGCGGUCGCAGUGUGCCGAGACGCGGCGGAUCCUGCUGCAGAAGUGGCUGCCUGCCGUGGCGCGUGUGUUCGGCGACCUGGUGUACGAGUGGCGUUCGCUCGUGCCCACCGACGUGGCCGACAGCCUCCGUCAGGUGCGCCGCUUCUUCAGCGCCGUCAGGUCCAGGAUGUCGCUGCAGCUGCGUCGCCUCGUCCUCGACUCGAUCUGCGACCUCAGGGACGCCCUCGUCACGCACAAGGCCGGGAACGACUACAGCGGCGAGUACCAGGAGAAGGACUUCAUCGAAAGGGCGGUGGUGGAGGUGGCGGUGACGGUGCGGGGCAAGAAGGUGAUAUUCCAGCCGCCUCUGCCGGACACGAGGGACCACAUUCUCAACUGCCUCAAGGCCAUCAUCGAGCAUAACGAGAAGAUUCCGAGGGUCGAGAAGCUUCUGUUCCCAGAGAUGGGGCGCCGCCGCCUGUACCUCCACGCCGUCAGCCCGGACGAGGAGGCGGUGGCGAAGGUCAAGGGCGAGGUGAGUGACCUGUUCUCCGUCAACGCCCAGGGACCUGUGACCUACGUGGCCUUGUACGACCGCUACACGCACCUGCUCGACGGCACGACGCUCACGGAGGUGCAGGAGUUCAUUGACACCUGCGGGAUCCUCAAGGAGGGGAAGAAGCAGCUGUCCACGCUGCAGGGCCUCGGGGAGGAAGUGAGGCAGCUCAAGGACCGCGUCCCGCUCGGCCUCCUCGUGCUCAACUGUCACGAUGUCAACCUCAGGCUGAAGCAGCAGGUGGACAUGUGUUCCUUUGCCUCCGCGCAGGUGUUCGAGCUGACGACAGCGAUCCAGGACUACUUCGUGGCGCGGAACAAAGAGCACGACAAAGAGUGA